UCGGAAUGCAAAGUGUGUAUUGUAAAGGCAGAACGUCUCAGGAAAUCGUCGGCAGUUCAUUGUCGGAACCAAGAUAGCGCACAUAACAAACAACACUGGACGAAUUAUGAGCUGGGUCUGGGGAAGACAUUUUAUAUUUCUCUACGUUUUCCAACAGCUGUGGGAAUUCAACACAGCCCUGACCAUUACCACGGGUCAUUGCUUCAAGAACAUCACAGUGAAAUAUCAGGCCCCAAUCACCAAGACCCGCUAUAAAUUGGAUACAACCAAUUUGGAAUAUUACAUCGAAAUGGAGGAUCGUUUCCGGGUAGAAAUGGUACGUGUUUGUUGUCCAGGCUAUCGGAAGAUCCUCUUUGGCCUCUGUGAACCGGUGUGCGGUGUCAAAUGUCCCGAGAAUAGUUAUUGCAGUGAACCCGAAAAGUGUCAGUGUAAACGAGGCUAUGAAGAGUCGCAUAACCACCAUGUCCGCUCCAUAAUACCAAAUAGUACGGAAUAUCUGGAAUGUCGUCCGAUUUGCAUGGGUGGCUGUACGGCACCACAUACACAUUGUGUGGGCCACAAUGAAUGCAACUGUCGUCCCGGCUAUAAGGAUGUUAGCUCAUGGUUUGGCCCGAUGCGUUGUGAACGUAUCCAGUGUCCCGGCGAUCAAGUUUACGAUUUGCAGCAACGGAAAUGUAUCAAUGUGGAUAUGGAUCUGGAACAGCUAAUGCAAAGGGUUGCCCGAAAACUGGCCAAGGGUCUAAAUGAUUUGGACUAUGACGACGAUGAUGAGGAAGGCGAAGGUGAAGCCGUUGGGGGACAAUCGAAAAGAGACUGAUUUCAGAAUUGCUUUAGUUUUUAGUGGAGAAAAGGAAACCAAAAGAAAAUGUGUUGUGUUUUUCCAUUUUUCAUCUAGAAAUAAGUGCAUGUGUGUGUGUGUUUGUGAGAUAAUUUUCCAUGCUAAGAAAAAACCAAAUGAAUGUAUUGUGUAUUGGUCUCAGUAGUUUUUAAUUAUACAGAGAGUUUGGAAAAAAUGGAAAAAUAUUAAAAAAAUAAAAAAAUA